CCUUCCUGGUGACGGGUGGCUUGACGCGAGGUGGUUGAGGUGGAGGCGGUGUGAGCCUGCGACAGAAAAAAUAAGCGAGCGGCAGGACGAGUGGUUCAUGGUCCUGUCCGUGAAAGGAAAAGAAAAGAAAAGAAAAGAAAAACACAGAGACACCGCGAGGACAUGUGGAUUUAGCGCGUUAGCCGCGUCGCUUCAGUGACUCGCAGUUUGGUUCGUUCACCGCGUCUCGCCCCGGCGGUCCGUCCUCCCUGGAGCGAACACUAAGACACACCCUCUGCUGAGGGAACCAUGGUAACGCAGAGUCUCUAGGACAAGGUUCGCUCAGCAUGACAGGGGGACUCCAUGAAAGAUGACAGAGGAGGUGAUUGUUGUAGCCAAGUGGGACUACACGGCCCAGCAGGACCAGGAACUUGACAUUCGCAAAAACGAGCGUCUCUUCCUCCUGGACGACUCAAAGACCUGGUGGCGCGUUCGCAACGCCGCCAACCAAACGGGGUACGUGCCGUCCAACUACGUGGAGCGCAAGAACAGCCUGAAGAAAGGCUCGCUGGUGAAGAACAUCAAAGACACACUGGGUUUGGGAAAAACCAAGCGGAAGACGAGCGCCCGCGAUGCCUCGCCGACACCAAGCUCAGAUACAGAGUACCCCUCCAAUGGCACCGGGGGUGGCGGGAUGGGAGGAGGAGGAGGAGCUGCGGAGAGAAUCUACGACAUCAACAUCCCCGCUGUCGCCAAGUUUGCCUAUACGGCGGAGAGGGAGGACGAGCUGACCCUGGUCAAGGGAGCCCGGGUGGUCGUGAUGGAGAAGUGUAGUGACGGCUGGUGGCGGGGCAGCCAGUCGGGCCGCGUGGGCUGGUUUCCCUCCAAUUACGUCCAGGAGGAGCUGGAGGGAGCGGACGACAGAGGAGAGGGAGAUUCGUCGCGGGGUUACCCCGCGGGGUCUCAAGGGACUUUGUUGGCCAACGGGCGUGCGGGCGGUGGCGGGGGAGUGCUCCACCUAGUCCAAACGCUCUACCCCUUCAGCUCUGUCACAGAGGAGGAGCUGAACUUUGAGAAGGGAGAGGUGAUGGAGGUGGUUGACAAGCCUGAGAACGACCCCGAGUGGUGGAGAUGUCAGAACUCACGUGGCAUGGUGGGCCUGGUACCGAAAAACUAUGUGAUGGUGCUGGAUGAGCGGCCCGGCCUGCCGUCCUCCACGUCGAGCUCCCCGCAGAACCAGCCGGUGGCACCAGCGCGCACAGGGAAGUUCGCCGGGCGGGACUGGUACUACGGGAGCGUCACCAGACUCCAGGCCGAGAGUAUACUCAACGACCGAGGGGAGGAGGGCGACUUCCUCAUACGAGACAGCGAGUCAUCGCCCAACGAUUUCUCCGUGUCCCUGAAGGCAGCCGGUAAGAAUAAGCACUUUAAAGUGCGGCAGUCGGACGGCGUUUUCUGUAUCGGCCAGCGCAGGUUCAGCUCCAUUGACGAACUGGUGGAGCACUACAAGAAAGCCCCCAUCUUCACCAGCGAGCAUGGAGAGAAGCUGUACCUGGUCAAAGCGCUGCUGUGAUUCGCACACCCACACACGUACACUGGAUCUCACACACACACACACACACACACACACACACACACACACACACACACACACACACACACACACACACACACACACAUUAUACUAACGCCACUCCCCUAACUGUCUUAACUCAAGCCUUAGCUCUGAACCCUCUCGCUGUGGCGUCUGCACCACGUCCAGAAACUGAGACCAGAAAGUCUUUCGAGCUCUACAGCUGAGCAGCAAACCACCAAGACUUCUGACACUAUGUCUGCCACUUCCGCCGGCCGCAUCCUUCAUGUGCAGCACAGUGCGGAGAAACAAUUCUCUUAUUCUGGAUGUGCUGAAAUGCAGUCUGCUAACACCCGCCGCCAACAGGACAGAACGGAACAAAACGGCCGAGGCCUUGCUGGGGGUUGAGCUCUCCUUCUACAUGAUUUCCCCAUUUACUUCCACGCACAUUGUAGGUUAAACCAUUGCUCUUAAUCCACACAGAAGGACGGGCGUCAUCAGUUCGACAAGGACUCGAACCUCUGAGGGACCUGACCGCGAUGUUGUCCUGGCCAUUCUUUUAUUUUUGUCUGUUU